GUCAGUGCCUGGACGCUGCAGCACAUGAGCACUCGUCACCACAGGUCUGCCCAACGCCGACAUCACUCACGCAUUCCGCCUUUUGCUGUGUCUCUCCCCUCUCAUGACUAAUCGUCUCCUGCAUCCCUUGUCGUCGUCGACGUCGCAGACAUGCGCAUAGCGUACUAUCUGUCGUACUCGACGUGCGUUCUCCCCUCUCUGGCUGCUGCCGCCUCCGGCUCCCAGCCAGACGCCGGAGCUGCACUGCUUCAGCCCGUCAUUCUCCCCGGUGGGCAACAGGAACCACUUUCUUCACGGCGGUCCGCCGCUGCGGAUCUUGAAUUUACACUGCGUCAUAUCUUCCACCACGGCACCCACAAGUACCCGGACUUGCACCGCAGAUUAGACGUACCCAAAGACGCUGUCGUCACUAUCGACUCGGAUGGCGACGUUUCUCGCGAACUGUCGCCGAAGCUGAGGCUCAAGCCACAGCGGCAAAGCAUCCAGCGUCUCGCUGACAGGCGGCAGGAGCGUAUCGACGCCCUGUUAGACUCCGGACGAGAAAAUGGAAAACCUCUCGCCUUGGGUUUGGAUGCUUGGACAGUCGACGAGAUAUGGGGUCCUAAUGUGACGGACAAGGAGACUAUUUUGUCCUUGGCUCGCAUCGCUGCCGAUGCAUAUGUUCUGGAUGACAGUGAUAGCGAGUGGCAAGAAGUAGGAGGUGGUUUCAAUUACACAGAGGACUUUGGCUGGGACAAUGAUGGUUUGAGAGGACAUAUCUUUGCCGACACGCAGAACGAAACCGUCAUCAUCGGGAUUAAGGGCACAAGCCCAGCCGUGUUUGACGGCACCGAAACGACCACGAACGACAAGAUAAACGAUAACUUGUUCUUCAGUUGUUGCUGCGGGCAGGGCGGUCAAUACACCUGGCACCAGGUGUGCGACUGUCAGACGUCUGCAUACAAAUGCAAUUCGACAUGCGUGACCAAGGCACUACGGAACAAGAACAGGUAUUAUUACGCCGCCCAAGAGAUCUAUCGUAAUGUCUCGCACAUGUACCCUAACGCCGACAUCUGGCUCUCUGGUCAUUCACUGGGAGGUGCAACGAGCAGUCUUGUGGGACUAACCUAUGGGCUGCCGGUUGUGACCUUUGAGGCACCCGGUGAGGCCAUGCCAGCUGCAAGGCUAGGUCUGCCCACUCCGCCCGGAUAUCAACUGGGAUUUGACGGAGAGAGCGUCACGACUGGUGGUUGGCAUUUUGGGCACACUGCAGAUCCUAUAUUCAUGGGCACUUGCAACACUUUCUCAUCUGUCUGUACCAUAGCGGGGUAUGCUAUGCAGUCCAGGUGUCACACAGGCGCGACAUGCAUAUACGACACCGUUGGCGAUCUAGGCUGGAGAAGCAGCUCUACAACGCACAAGAUCGUCAGCGUCAUAAAGGACGUCCUGCUCAAGUAUGACAAGCCUGCCAAGUGCGAACCAAUGGUCAACUGCACGGACUGCUUCAACUGGGAAUUCUUCGAGAGCAACCACUCAGAACCCGGCACCACAACUACUUCAACAUCCUCGACUCGAACGACCCGGACGUCGACAUGCAAGACGCCUGGAUGGUGGGGAUGCCUUGACGAAACUACGACAAGUGAGGUUUCUACAAGGUCUGAUUUCAGCACAAGUUUCACGACCACCUCGACCACAACUACGGCUACGCAGUGGACUACAACUACGACUACAUCACACUGUCUGACGCCUGGCUGGUUCGGGUGCAAAGAUGCCCCUUCGUCCACGGAUGCCUCUAUGACGCAACCGCCACAGACGAGCCCCACAUCUUCUAUUCCUUCCACCACGACGAGCCACACGACGAGCACGUGCAAAGAUCCUGGCUGGUUUGGGUGCAACGAUCCGGUCUCAACAAAGACGGAAACGGUCACGGAGACAGUGACGAAGACAAGCACGUCUGUAACAGUUACUACUGAUGAGCCUCUUCCCUCAAGUUCUGCCUCGGAACCUACAGAGACGCGGUCACGAAGCAGCUGCACUAGCCACAAGUGGUUCGGUCUCAUCUGCGCUGACCCUACUUCCACUUCAACGACCAGCGCACCUAGCCCAAGUUCUACGUCUGCACGCUGCGUACGGAGAUCCUGGGUUGGGACCUGCAAGGAAUGGGAUUUUCGAGACGGCAGCAAGCCUCGGGCAGCUGCAAACAUGGAUUUGUGAGGUACGCAUCAGACUGUUAACGAUGUUACGAAGAUAUUUGUAGUAGCUAUGCUUAUUUUCAUUCUUUUCCUUGGCUUGAUUGCACAGAAAGACACGCGAAUUCCAUCAUAGCAUACAUAUAUCCAGCCGCGUGCAUUUGGAAUCGGAGUUGAUCGGCAGCGCGUAGGGAGAUGCUUUUGAAGGCCAGUAUGGAUAAGUGUACAUAGAGUAACCAGACUUUUUAUAUAGAUGCUGGUGUUUUCCAUUCAUUCCUUGAUC